AUGCCAAGGGGACAGAAGAGUAAAGCCCGUGCUCGAGAGAAACGGCGGGCACUCAAGGAUGCUCAAGCAAAGGAGGCAGAGAAAGCACAGUCACGUGCUGGCUCUGAUCAAGCUUCAGGAGAUGCUAAGCCAAGCACUUCUACUGCUGACUUCCCACAGCAGUCUGAAAGCUCAGCACUCAGCAGUACUGCUAGCCAGAGAGUGACUUAUGCAAGGUCUGAUAAGGGUGACCAGGCCCAAGGGUAUGAAAAUGAGCGUCCCCCCGGGGCUUUACUCUCCACUAGAAGCAUGCAGAUGGAUGUUAUGACAAGGAAGACGGGAAUGCUGAUGGAGUACAUGCUCUACAAAUACAAAGUGCAGCAGCCCCUGAAGAGGGGAGAGAUGCUCAAAGUUAUCAACAAAAGGUUCAAGGAACACUUUCCCGAGAUCCUCAAGAAAGCUUCCUAUCGAUUGGAUGUGGUGUUUGGCCUUGAGCUGAAAGAAAUCCUGCCACAUGGUCAAGCAUAUGAGCUUGUGAGCAAGCUAGAUUUUGAGGAGGAUGGAAGUAGGAUCAAUGAGCUAGGUGUUCCUACCAGGGGCAUUCUGAUUGCUCUCCUAAGUGUGAUUUACCUAAAUAACUAUUGUGCUGCUGAGGAGGAUGUCUGGUAUUUCCUGAAUGCAUUAGGAGUCUGUGAUGUGAUCAUACAUAUCUUCUUUGGGGAUAUUAGGAGGGUCAUCACUGAGCAGCUAGUGCAGGAAGAAUACAUAGAGCACCGUCAGGUUCCUAACAGUGAUCCUCCAUCCUAUGAGUUCCUGUGGGGCCCAAGAGCCUAUGCUGAAACAUGCCAGAUAAAGGUGAUGGACUUUUUAGCCAAGAUCAGUGACGCCUUGCCUGGAGUUUGCUCAUCUCUUUAUGAGCAGGCUUUGAUUGAAGAGGAAGAGAAAGCCCAAGCUGCAGCUGCAGCCAAGUCUGGCACUAAAGGCAAGGCCAAGGGACAUACUAAGACCAAGUUAAGUCAUCCUACUCACAAGUAA